UUUUUCUUUUCUGGACAAGAAGUUGUUCAUUGCAUCUCAUCUGAGGCACGCAGAUGUAAUAUGUAAUAGCUGCUCAUUUCAGAUUCAGGUACAUGUGCAGGAUAACAUGGCUGCCAACACAUUUGUAUCAAAACUGGUGACUCGUUUGUAUGUAAAUGUAUAACAGGAUAUGUUUUGAAUCCCGGCGGGAAAACAUGCAUACUUAAGAUUUGUCAUUCCACUCUGCAUAAAAAUAUAAACAAUUGAAAAUCAUCACAGCAGGACUGCUUCAUGUGAAGCUUUUUACAGCAACACAAAAUGCUCUCCAAAAGAAAAAGGAUUUCUGAUAUCAGAAGUCUCUGCUUCCUUUUCUUUUCAGGCUCAGACGCAUGUUCUCAGGGACAUGACUGCCAGCAUAUAUGUGUCAACAGUGGAAGCUCAUAUGUCUGCAAGUGUCGGCUGGGAUAUUCGCUCAACAUGGACAGGAAGACAUGCUCACGUUUGGAUGCAUGUAUUCAGGGACACGACUGCCAGCAUAUCUGUAUCAACAACGGUGUUUCUUACAACUGCAAGUGUCGAAUAGGAUACAUGCUAAAUUCAGACCAGAAAACAUGUUCACAGGAAAUGAGGAGUGAAAUUUCAGAAGAUGCCUGCAUGUGCGAAGCUCAAAUUGUGUUCCAGAAAAAAGUGCAGUCAGCCAUUCAAGAGCUCACCUGGAAAAUUUCUGAACUUUCAGACAAAGUAAACGACAUUGAAGGCACAUUCCAACAUUGAGAACAAAGAGGAACUAGAGGAAAAAUGUCAGCACUUUUAUUCCAAUUAGUGUUAUCAUGUUCUGUAAAAGUUUUAAUUUCCUAAUGUCUGAAAAUCUGCAUUGUGUUUUUAAUGUUACAACAAAUUGCUCUGGUGCUGUGUUUCUGAUAAACUUACAUUGAUGGCAACUGUGGUGUAAUUGCCCACAUUUAACAAAAGAGAACUCAACAGGACUGUGUUUAUGUCUUCUUAUAUAAACCAGUUAAAAGUUAUAUAAUUUGCUUUGAUUCCUAAAAGCAGGCCAAGUUUUUUGGUUUGUUUUAGCAAACAAAAAAAAUAGUUGAAAUAGUUCAGGGAGUUCAAAUGUGACUCAGACUUGGCCCAGUUUUCUUGGCAACAAUGCUUUUAAUUAGCUAAAGGUUUUGAGAAUGUAUUUUCUAUAAACAGUUAUUUUAUUUUAUUUUCUGUCUUUGUGUGUCUACAUUUGAAUGAUGUAUUUUGGUGCUUUUUGAAAUAGAAAACAGUUAUUAUUUGCAUGUUUUCUAAUGGGAACGGCUGCAUAAAAUAAACUUUUAUGAAUCAACGUUUUCCACACAACUGUCUUCACUCUUAUAAAGGCAUAGUCUUUAUAUUACUGUUGAUACUUAUUGCUACUUUUCUAUAUGAUCAAAAGUGAUGACUUCAUUCACAAAAUUAGGAUAUUUUCAUGAAUACAUGUUUUAUGUAACAAGUGUAUUGUUAUUUGAGAGGCACAUUGCUUCGAAUAAGCAAUGUAGUGCUUAUUCAAACUAUAAAUUACAUUGUAUUUUACUAGGAUUUUAUUUGUUAGACCAACACAUAACAGUGAAAUGAAAACAAAGAUACUAAUACAUGGAUUUUCUUGUCUUACAGCUAACAAGCUGAAAAGUGUAAAAUGCACUGUGACCCUUUCUUCUGACAAUCUAAAAUAAAAUCAGGUGCAAU